AUGAUGAUCUCUUCUCUGCAUACUUCACUUUUUGUUGGAGCAUCUCUUUUUCGUCAAAGUAAUAAUAGCCUCAGAAGCUUAGCAUUUUGUUUACCUUUCUCAUCUGCACCUGCUUCUCUCUCUUCUGAUAAGCUUUCUAACAAGAAAUGGCGGCAACCGGUUUUCUCUGCAUUGGACCUUGGCGGAGUCAAGAUUACCAAACAAGAUGUAGUGAGGGAUGAUCCAACAAAUAAUGUUCCAGACAACAUAUUUUCAAAACUUGGAAUGCAACUUCAUAGGAGGGAUCAACACCCUCUUGGGAUACUCAAGAAUGCGAUAUACGAAUAUUUUGACACAAAUUAUUCAAACAAGUUCAACAAGUUUGACAACCUUUGUCCUAUUGUUACACUGAAGCAGAACUUUGAUGAUGUCUUGGUUCCUGAAGAUCAUGUGAGUAGGAGCUAUAAUGAUACAUACUAUAUAGACCCUCAAACUGUUUUAAGGUGCCACACAAGUGCUCAUCAGGCAGAAUUAUUGAGAGAUGGAUAUACUCAUUUCCUUGUUACCGGGGAUGUUUAUCGAAGGGAUUCAAUUGAUUCUACUCAUUAUCCUGUCUUCCAUCAAAUGGAAGGCUUUCGGGUUUUUGUUCCAGAUGAAUGGGAGCCUUCUGGGAUGGAUGCCACAUCAUUUGCAGCAGCAGACCUAAAGAAAUGCCUUGAGGGUCUAGCACGCCAUUUAUUUGGUGAUGUGGAAAUGCGAUGGAUCGAUACCUAUUUCCCGUUUACUAAUCCAUCAUUUGAACUUGAAAUAUAUUUCAAGGGAAAAUGGUUAGAGGUUUUGGGGAGUGGAGUAACAGAGCAAGAGAUUCUGAAAAAAAACGGGGUAUCUAAUAAUGUUGCUUGGGCUUUUGGCCUAGGUUUGGAGAGGUUAGCUAUGGUUCUAUUUGACAUACCGGAUAUUCGUCUCUUUUGGUCAAAUGAUGAGCGGUUUACCUCCCAGUUCUCCAAGGGCCAGUUAGGGGUCAAAUUUAAGCCGUUUUCAAAGUAUCCUCCUUGUUACAAGGACAUCAGUUUCUGGAUCAAUGAAUCAUUUACUGAAAACAAUCUGUGUGAAGUUGUCAGAGGAGUAGCAGGGGAUCUUGCAGAAGAGGUGCAAUUAAUUGACAAUUUCACCAACAAGAAAGGAAUGACCAGCCACUGCUAUAGGAUUGCAUAUAGGUCUAUGGAACGUUCUCUUACUGAUGAAGAAAUUAACGAUUUGCAGUGGAAAGUAAGAGAACUGGUGCAGAACAAAUUGGAAGUUGUCAUAAGAUGA